AUUAAGGAACAUGAUGACUACUCCAAUGACAAAUGUUCUCUUCCUUGCUUUAGCUUUAGCUUUUAUUGGACUUUCAGCCAUUGAUUCCGCUCAAGCAAGAACUUUACCAGACAGGUUUGGCCUCAAAGUUGCAAAAACAUUAGCUACCCCGCCACCUCCGUGUAUGGUACAAUCAACAAGAGAUUAUCAGAAAUACUUGACUUCGCCACCACCAACGACUAGUUAUGAUCAAGAGACCUUGAGCUCACCUCCAAGGCCUGACUCGACAAAAGGCCAACUUGAUAUUGAGUCUCCAUGCAGUAAUGAAGAGAGUCCAUGCAUUAAUGAUGGUUGCAUAUCUAUGAUAACAGAUUUUGAGAGGCCUAUACCAAGUUCAAACCCACCUCCAAAACAACAUACUCCUACGGUGCCAUUACUGCGUCCAAAAUCACCUCCAAGGCAAUACCUCGUGUCAGCUAGAAAUCAUCAUCCAUGAUGAUCUCUUGAUAGUUAAUCAAGUGCAUGCUCUCGCUGUAACUCGGCUUGGUUUUCAAAACAAUAAAUUCAACUGUUACUAAGGUUACGGAAUGUUUAGGUGCUGGGCCGCUGGGAUGCUGUUUCUGCUUGGCAAAUCUUAUCUCUCCUUUAGAAAGUGUAGGCUUCUACUAGUGAAAUUAGGGUUUGCUUCCUUACGAGGUUAAUUGAGUUGGUGGUCAUGUUUGUUUGUAGUUUCUUGGUAAACACUCUGCUUAUUUCUCCAUUGUUGAUGACUCUUUAAGAAAUUAGUCAAUAAAAAGCGUUUUCUAAUCAUAGAAGAAUAUAAGGUUUUAAGUGGAAAAUGUUUUCCUCUUAAACUUUGGGAAAACACUUUCGAUUACAUAUUUAUGUUUAUAUAUUGCUAUUUUAAAGUUUAUUGUUAAUCAAUAA